CAUAGUAAUUAGUGCAGUCAACGAUUUCUUCUAGUUCUUAUGGUCAUUCUCUUUCCACUUGUCGUACCUUCAAAGAAAGAAGUAAAAAAAAUUAUUUCCUUACAAUUUCAUUUGAUUAAUAAUAAAUGUUAGAAUACAUUUAAGACAAAAAUAAUUUUCCAAUUUUAUAAAAUAUUAAUAGCAGUAAUGGAAGGGACUGGAAUUCUUAGUAAUGUUCCAGUCAAACAGGAUGGAAAGAAACUUUGGCAAUAUCUCGCUGCAUCCGCUGCUUCAAUUUUGGCUCUUGGCGUUGGCACCGUAUUGGCAUGGUCGUCACCAGUUUUUGAUAUGUUAAAAAAAGAUGAUUCAUUUCUAAAAUUAACAACAUCAGAAGAAUCGUGGAUUGGCUCUUUACUUGCAAUUGGAGCAAUUGUCGGUGCUUUUCCAGCGGGAAAAAUUGCCGAUAUUAUAGGACGAAAAAAAUCAAUUCUUUCCUUGGCAGCACCAUUUCUUUUGUCAUGGACGAUUAUUCUUUUUGCAAACUCGGCAAUUAUUCUUUGUAUUGCCAGAUUUAUUGCUGGCAUUGGAGUUGGUGCUGCUUGUGUUUUGGUACCGACGUACAUUUCUGAAAUUGCCGAAGCAUCGGCUCGCGGUACAUUAGGAUCAAUUUUUCAACUAUUUUUAACUGCCGGCAUUGUAUUUUCAUUUCUCUUUGGAACACUAUUAUCUUACAUGGGAUUUACAAUUAUUUGUGGAAUGGUGGAGAUUGUCUUUCUCGCAUGUUUCUUUUGGAUGCCAGAGUCACCCGUUUGGUUGGUGGGUAAGAGUAGAAAUCCAGAAGCAACAAUUGCUAUGACUAUUUUAAGAGGAGACGUUUAUGACCAGAGUGCCGAGUUAAAUAGUAUACAAAGAGAAGUUGAAGACUCCUCUUCAAGAAGAAGCUCAAUAUUUGAUUUGAUUGGCAGUGUUGCAGCAAGAAAAGCCACAUUGGCUUGUUUAGCUGUGAUGAUCUUUCAGCAAUUGUCUGGAAUUAAUGCCGUCAUUUUCUAUACAAGUCAAAUUUUUAGCGAUGCAGGAAGUGACAUGGAUUCGGGUUUAGCAUCAAUUUUAGUUGCACUAGUGCAGAUGAUAAUGGCUGGAGUAGCGGCUGGCAUUGUAGACAAGGCUGGAAGAAAACCACUUUUGAUGAUUUCUUGUGCAGGAUGUGGAUUGAGUUUAAUAGCAAUUGGAGUUUAUUUCUUUUUGAAAGAUGAAGGAAGGGAUGUCAGCACCUUGGGAUGGAUUCCACUCUCUUCAUUAGUCAUUUUCAUGAUUGCUUUCUCAGUAGGAUUGGGACCAAUUUCGUGGAUGUUAAUGGGUGAAUUAUACACUGUUGAAUUAAAAGGAAUAGCCACCAGUUUAGCUGUUAUGGUCAAUUGGUUUUUAGUAUUUUUGGUAACUAGGACAUUUUCCGAUAUGAGCAAAGCAUUAGGAUCAGCAACGACUUUCUGGAUAUUUGCUGGCGUCAUGAUUUUUGCGACAAUCUUUACUCUAUUCUUCAUUCCUGAAACAAAAGGCAAAAGCACUGAAACUAUUCAAAAUGAAUUAAACGGUAUUAAAAGAACAAGGCCUGCAUCAACUGAUAUGAAGUUAAUAAAAACGUCGGUUAUAAUCAUUUUGCGAAUUAGUUUGACAAUUUUAUUCUUGAUAUUAAGUUACAGUGAUUAUAACCACGUAAAUUUGUGUUGUGGCAAGGCCGGUGAAAAAAAAAACUAUAAGCAACAGGGUCCGCGUAUUUGUGAAGUUGUAAUGACCCCCACCAAUCGUAACGAUGAAAUAGAGGGGCAAUAUAAAGAGUAUGUCUACAGCCCUGUACCAGUAAGUUCGACUUCGGCAGUGCACCUUCCUACCACCACCCUCACUAAUUUUCAUAAAACCAAUACCAGCAACGAGUCCCAGUGCGUUAAUUAUAAUAAAGGUUAUCAUCAUAAUUUUCAAGCAGAAAUGGCAGAAAAGGGUUCAAAAUUUCUUCAAUACCUUGCUGCCACUACUGGUAACCUAUGUAUUGUCGCAACAGGAGCAAUGCUGGGAUGGACAAGUCCAAUUCUUCCUCGAUUAACAGAAAAUAAUCCCGUGAAUCCUGACAAUCCUUUACAAUAUCCAAUUUCAAAGGAAGAAGCUUCCUGGAUUGGAUCGUUGGUACCGAUGGGAGCAAUUUUCGGCUGCUUUGCGGCAGGAAUUUUAGUAGAAAAAAUUGGCCGAAAAAAAGGUCUUUUGUUCAGCACGGUACCAUUUUUAAUUGGUUGGAUAAUGAUAGCAAGUGCAAGAAGUAUAUAUCAAUUAUAUGCUGCUAGAUUAGUUUUUGGUUUUGCCCUCGCAAUUCCCUUUACUAUUCUUCCCAUGUAUAUCGGUGAAAUCGCAGAAACGUCAAUAAGAGGUUCAUUAGGAUCCUUUCUGCAAUUGUUUAUAACAAUUGGUUUAUUAUUUUCCUAUGCAAUUGGACCAUACGUGUCGUACAUGGUUCUUUGGAUGGCAUGUGGUUCAUUGCCAAUAAUCUUUUUCAUUUCCUUUAUUUUUAUGCCUGAAUCUCCUUAUUAUCUUUUGGGAAAAGGACAAAAAGACGAGGCCAUAAAAUCACUGGCCAGAUUACGAGGAAAAAGUACAACCAGUGUACAAAAGGAAGCUGAUGAGAUGCAGGCUACAGUGGAUGCUGCAUUUAGAACACAGACAACCCUCUCGGAUUUAUUCAAAGUGAAGGCGAAUUUUAAAGCUCUGUUAUUCACCUGUGCAUUGGUGAGUUUUCAACAACUCACGGGAAUAAAUGUUGUUUUGAUUUAUGCCGAGAGUAUUUUCAAAAGUACGGGUACUGCACUUAGUACAUCACUGUCGACAAUCAUCAUUGGUGUUGUUCAAGUAUUGGCGUCUAUGGUGACACCACUCGUCAUUGAACGACUCGGACGAAGAAUUCUUUUAGUUAUUUCCGGUGUUGGAACUGCAGUCACCUUGGGUGCAUUGGGAUUGUUUUUCUUCCUAAAGAACGUGCAACACGCCGAUGUCGAGAGUAUUUCAUGGUUACCGGUAGUUUCCUUGGUGAUUUACAUUUCCCUUUACAGUAUUGGCUGGGGACCACUACCAUGGGCGGUCAUGGGUGAAAUGUUUGCAUCCGACGUCAAGGCAAAAGCAUCCGGGAUAACAGUUUUCGUAUGCUGGGGUCUUGCAUUCAUUCUCACAAAAUUCUUCAGUAACAUUGAAACUUUAUUUGGCUCACACACUGCUUUUUGGAUAUUCAGUGCAUGUUGUGUGAUAGCCGUAUUUUUCACGGUUUUAAUUUUACCCGAAACUAAGGGAAAAUCACUUCAAGAAAUUCAAGACGAAUUAAAUGGAAUUAGGCCCGCUGUUCCUAAUCUUGAGAGUGGAACUUCCUCUAAAUUAUAAGAUUUUUAGGGUAAAAAUUUUACAUUAAAAAUUUAAAAUUUUUCUUUUUUCUACCAUUUUUUUUUUUUUUUUUUUUUUUUUUUUUUAUUUCGAUUUUAAUUUUAUUUUCUGUUUGAAAAAUUCGAGUCUAAUUUUUUAAACUUUUCAUAAAAAUAUAUAAUGUUUUUGUACCAUUUAUGCAUUUCUGCGGGUACAUUAGGUAAUUUAAGAUUAGAAUAAAAAAAGCGCUGACUGCGAGUCAAUGCGAUAUGAAAUUUUGCGUUAUUUUAUAGAAUGCAAAAUAAUUUUCAUUAUAAACUUUGACUCGUUUUGAUAAACUAUAGUAUUUUGCAUCAUAUUUUGUUGCAACAAAGUUUCUACUAUUUUUUUAUUAUAUAAAAACAAUGUCCAGUAAAAAAAAUUCACAAAACGAAGUUUUUAAAAUAAAAAUACAAUCCUGGUGAUUUUUAACUGAAUAAUUCACCAUUUUACAGAGUGUUCAUCUGAAAAACUUAUUAAAAAAUAUUUUUCUGAAUAUUUAUUUUAAGCAGAUACGUUUUUAUAAAUUUAGAAAAAUUAAUUUCCAAAAAAAAGAGG